AUGCCGUGCUUCGCCCUACCCUGCCAAUCAAGGCUCCAGCUGCCGUGGCUGCUGGCCCAGAUGCACCACCUGGGCCUGGCCAAGCAGGUCACCCCCAGCUGCUUCCGAGCCCUGCUCAAGCGUUCCCUGCCCCCGCCCUGCCUGCACUGUCAGUCCAAAGUGGACCCCCCCGACUCUGCCUCAGCUCAGCACCACUCUGUUGCUACCGCUCCCCAUCCCGGCCCGGCCCCCCUGGACUACUUCUACCCGCGGCUGCAGGUGGGGGUAACUGAGCCGGUGCUGGUGACCCAGAUCUCUGACCCGCACCGCGUCUAUUGCCAGCUGCAGAGCCUGUCCCAGGAGAUCCAGGCCCUCUCGGACUCCUUGCACCAGAUGUACGAGGCGGCGGCCGGGCGGGAGCAGGAUCCGCUACCCAAACCGGGCUCCCCUUGCGCCGCACGCGGCAUAGACGGCCGCUGGUAUCGCGCGCUGUUGCUGGAGAUCUUCCCCGGGGCGCAGGGUCGGCUGGUGGCCCAGGUGAUCUGCGUGGACUACGGCAGGAAAGAAUUCGUCACCGGGGCUAACCUGCGCCGCCUGCCGGUGGAGUGUUUCCGCAUGCCAGUGGUGACCUACCCAUGCGCCCUGCAGGGCAUCUCGGACGGGGGCUGCGGCUGGUCCCGGUCCCAGCUUAGCGGGCUCAAGGCGCUGCUGCUGGGGAAGGCGGUGAGCGCGCGCAUCGAAGCUUACAGCCCCUUCGAGCACCUCUAUUAUGUGAACCUGUAUGGGGAGAACGGCCUUAGCUUGAACUGCCUCUACGGCGUGCAGGCCAGCUGCCUGGCCCACAGCCUCCUGCAGGGAGCCGGGAGGAGGGUUGUACGGCUGAAGGUGGGAGUGUUCUACGAUGCCCAGGUGUCCUUCCUCCGAGAUCCGUCCGAGUUCUGGCUACGGCUCAAGGAGCACCAGCUGCCUUUCAACCAGAUGAUGCGGAACAUGAGCGAUUUCUACUCCCGAGCCCAGAAGCUGGACGGCAUCGUCCUGGAGCCCCAGCCGGGAUCCCUAUGCUGCGCUAAGUGGAAGGAGAAUGCUUACUAUCGAGUCCUUAUCACCAAAGUGCUGGGGAAUGGGGUGAAAGUGCACCUGGUGGACAGAGGCAACACUGAGCUUGUGGACUGGUAUGAGGUGAAGGAGCUGCUGCCUCAAUUCAGGGAGCUGCCUGCUGUUGCUCUGAAGUGCUGUUUAGCAGAUGUCUCUCCCCUGGGAGAAACUUGGAGUAAAGAGUCUGUGGCUCACUUUAGAAGGACUGUGAAGAGCAAAGAGCUGGUGAUCCAGAUGUUGGGCACACAUGCUGGCAAGCAUGUGAUUGAAGUUCUUGACCACUCUCAAACAGGGGAGAAAAAUAUAAGCAAAAUCCUGUCCCAAGCAGGCUAUGCAAAAUUCCAUGGUGCUGAGAUUCCAGAGACUCUUCAGAAGUUAUCUGCUGAGCCUCUGGGGCAGGCUACCAAUGAACCUGUUGGGGAGGAGGAGCUAGUGAGUUCAACAGCCAGGAAGAGGGGCAUGCAACCCAAAACAAUAAGAGACAAUAUAAUGCUGAUUCCCUCUGUGCCUUUAAGACCCAAAGCCCAGCCUACUGCAGAAACUUGCCAUUUACUGAGUGACUCCACUCCUGCCGAGAGAAAAAAUAACGGAAAGCUAAAUCUGCCCUUCUCUCUUGCACAGAACUACUUGGAAAUAAAACCAGGAUUUCCUUAUGAAGGUCAGCUGGAAGUUGGUUGUACAGUUCAGGUGGUAAUAUCUUAUGUUGAAAGUCCUGGUUACUUCUGGUGUCAGUUGAGUGGAAACAAUCAGGAACUUAAGACAUUAAUGGCUGAAAUUCAGGAUUAUUGCAAGAUUUCAGUUCAGCCAUAUUGUGGGCCAAGUCCAUUGUGUUUAGCUAAGUAUUCAGAGGAUGAGAAAUGGUACAGAGCUUUGAUUAUUAGUGGAGAGCAUUCUGUAGAACAGGUAGAAGUAAUAUAUGUUGACUAUGGGAACAAGGAACUGGUUUCUGUAAAGAAUCUCUGCUCAAUUAGUUCAAAUUUUCUGAAACUAAAGGCUCAGGCUUUCAGAUGCAGCCUUUACAACUUAAUCCAACCAAAUGGUCAGGAUCCUUUUGUUUGGGAUGAAAAAGCAAUCCUAGCUUUUCAGGAGUUUGUUGAUGAUGCAGCAAAUCAAUUGGAAUUGAAAUGUACAAUAUUUGCUCUAGCUGCCUUAAACAAUAAGGAACUGUUUAAUGUUGUGGACUUAAUUACUCCUUUUCAGAGUGUGUGCCAUUUCUUAACUGAGAAAGGGUUGGCGAGAUCAGUACCACCUCAGAAACCUCUGGCAUCUUCUGUUCAGCUACACUCUUACUACUAUUCUACACAUGACAUCAAAAUUGGAAGUGAAGAAGAGAUUUAUAUAACACAUAUUGAGAACCCAUGGAAAUUUUACUGCCAACUUGCCAGAAGUGCAAAUGUCCUAGAACAACUUACAGAUAACAUUAAUCAAUUAAGCAAAGUAGUGAACAGUUUAAAAACAUCACAAAACUCUGGAAACCUAUUUCUUACAAGGUAUACUGACAAUAAUUGGUACAGGGGAGUAGUUUCGAAAUCCAAGCCUAAUAAGGAAGUCUUCUUUGUAGACUUUGGGAAUAUGCAAGUGGUAAAGAAAGAAGAUUUGAUUCCGAUACCCAGUGAUGCCUAUGAUAUCUUGCUUUUGCCUAUGCAAGCCAUAAAAUGUUCACUAUCUGAUAUUUCUAAUGUAUCGAAAGAAGCGACUACAUGGUUUGAAAAAGCUGUUUUGGUUAAGCCUUUAAAGAUGAUAGUGGUAGCAAAAGAAUCUGAUGGAAAACUGAUAGUUGAACUGUAUGAUGGUAAUAUUCAAAUUAAUGCAAAAAUGAAAGAAGGUUUAGGCUUACCAAGAGAGAGAGAGUCUAACAAAUAUGUAGAAAAUGAAACUCUUCAUUCUAAAAACAUAAAUGCUAAAGAAGUGAGGAAUGAAAACAAGAGGCCAUCAGCAGCACAUAUGGGAGAGUCUGAAAUUAAAACUUGGCGAUCUGAAAUCCAAGGAGAAGAGUGCAAUACCAAAACCAAUUCUGUAUGUAAGGAUGUAAAAUGUUUCCAACCUGCUGCAAAAAGAGAAUUGCCAACCAAGUUUCUAGGCUCUGUGGAAAGAUUUAACACUAACAAAGCUUUUCCCUCAGUAAGUACUCUCUUCGCUAAAAAAGUAGGUGAAAAUAAAUUGUUACCUUUAAUAAACAAAGACACAAAGUCUGGUAUUGUUAAACCUGCAACUAUUAAAACUAGAAAUGAAGGAGAAAACAGUACACUCUCUUCACUUAAAAGCAUAUGUGAUCUGCCUCCAAAGAACAUAGUGCCUGGUCUGAAAACUUUAGUAUAUGUUUCUCAUGUAAAUAACCCUUCAGAUUUUUAUAUUCAGUUAGUAACUGAUGAACCUCAACUUAACAGUAUUUCAGAAGUAUUAAACAAAACAGGAACAGAGGGUCUCAAUCAACAGCAAUUGCAAGUAGGCAACUUAAUUUGCGCAGUUUUUUCAGAAGACCACUUACGGUAUCGAGCUGUAAUAAAAGAAAAACUAUCUGACGAACGGAUCAGUGUACAAUAUAUAGAUUAUGGCAAUACUUCUGUAGUUAAUGUUUGUGAAAUAAACAAACUGCUUGAAAAAUACUCCUCAGUUCCAAUUAUGAGUAUUCAUUCCUCGCUGGCUGGAGUUCAGUGUAAACAGCUUACAGAUUGGACACAGGAAGCAGUGAGUUACUUUUCAGAAAGAACAAGCGAAGUUCAAAUAAACUGUGAAUUUGUGGAGAAACUUGAGGACAAAUGGGCAAUACGUCUUUAUGAUGAGCAAGGUAUGAUAGCGGAUUUAAUUAAUGAAACCUUUGCAAUGAGAGAAGAAUCUUGUGCAACAGAAUCAUUUCACAGAAGAAAGAGUGGUGCUGAUGUGGCACAUCUGUGUGAACCUCUGCCUUUUGAUGAGAAAGGUAAAGCUUCUAAUGUAGCUGACACUAAAUCACUUUUCUGGAAGACUCCAGAGGUAGCUCAGACUGUAGAAACUUAUGUCACUGUUGUAAAGGGUCCAGAAAACUUUUGGUGUCAAAUGGCUAACCCAGAAAAUAUAAACUACUUAGAAAAAAACCUUCAGGAAACUGGAGAACUUGAAAUAAGCAAUGUGGAUGACUUCAGAUCAAAUAUUAGAAGUGGAGAUAUUUGCAUAGCGAAGUAUAGUGAGGAUGGAAAAUUUUAUAGAGCAGAAGUUAGAAGCAUGAAAGAUAACAACCUAACUGUCAGACAUGUGGAUUAUGGAUCUGAAGAAUGUAUUGGUAUAGAAAUGAUUAGACAAAUUCCUGACCAACUCCUUACAAUACCUAUUCAAGCAUUUCCAUGCUGUCUGUUUGGAUUUAAUUUGCUAAAGGGUUCAUGGAGUAGUGAAGCAAAAGACAAGUUCUAUGAUAUGACUGGAGAAUAUUUACUAAAGGUCACAGUAAUGGAAAUACAAAAGGAUAAUUUUUCUGAAAUUCCCUUAUCUGUUGUGAAACUGGAAUGUAAUGGAAAAAACAUUAAUGAGGAGAUGGAAUGUUUUUGGAAGUAUAACACAGAUGCUGGUAUGACUUUGACAAACAUUCAGAAUACUUUCAGUAGAAAGAAUGACUGUCCAGAAACAGAUCAUGUUUUUCUUGAAAAAGCUGCUGCUUCUAUUGGAGAUGCUGAGGAAGAACAUAAUAUUCUGCAGGAUGCUUUGCUCUGUGCAGAACCAUUUCACCUUAAAGACGAUGGAUGUCUAAAUAAUGCAGAAAUCAAAGAACAAGUGGUUCUCAAAAUUUCUAAUGAGCAUCAGACCGAUUUUGAAAUACUUAAUGAUGUAGAGAAUCAUUUAUUGGAAAAAGAGAGUGAUAGCAAAACCAAGGUACAUGUAGAACCAAAAAUAUCUGAACCUAAGUUAUUUGCCAAUGAUGAAAUAAGAGACUUAUACCUUGAGCCAUUUGAAACGCAGUUCUUAGAAAAUAAUAAAGUCAAAGCAGAAAUGUUAGAAUUAUCACUUGAAGUAGAGUCUUUCCUAGGCGAAGAAAGAAAGCUGUUGGAACCACCAUCUCAGAUGCAGGAUUCCCUGUAUGAAAAUGUGAAUCUGUUGGAAAUGGAGCAGUUACAAACACACACUUCACACGAUGAACUAAAAAAGCUCAUACUUGAGCUAGAAUCACUUGAAGGGCACCCUUCCUUAGGUGACAAAGCAAAAGAAGUGCCAGAACGGGAGUCACUAGAAAUACAGACUUUCUUGAAUGAUGAAACAAAGGAAGAAUUGUCAGAAUUGGAAUCAGUUGAAGCACAGCUUUUGGGUGAUGAAACAGGGGACUUAACAAACCUGAAAUUGGUGGAAGUGUCUUCAUUCAGUGAUGGAGCAAAUUGGUUGGAAAAAGGCUAUAUUUCAAGUGAUGGCUCCAUCUGUGGUGAUGAAAAGGAGAAACUAUUUGAACUAAUACCCUGUGAGGUACAGAUUUCCUUGGGUGAAGAAACUAAGGAGAGAUUGGAUUUGAACUUGCUUGAAGUUCAUCAGAUGACAGAUGUACCAACUGAGUUGGAAGUGGAGUCAACCUUAGUAAGACCCUUACUUGCUAGUGGAGCUAGGAAGGAGUUGGAACCAGAGUCACAUACAAUACAGUCUUUGCUUAUUGCUGAAAGAAAAAAUGGAUUGGAAUUGGUGCCAUCUGAUGUGCAGGCUUUUCUGGGUAAUGAAACAAGGAACAACAUGUUGGAGUUGGAACCAUCCACUUUAGAGCUUUCUGCAGAUACUUCAGUUCAGCUUUCGUUUCCCAAAACUGACUUAAAGCAAAUGUCUCCUUGCCCUGUAGAGCUGGGUGUUAUAGGACAAGAUGGCAGCAAAGGUGAAAAAUUUAAGAAAUGGCUAACUCUGCAAGAGAAGAGUUGUACAGAACAAUUUAAACCAGACUUGUGUGAUGUGUACAGAGAGUAUAAAAACACUUUUGUGAGUGGGGAGUCCUUGAAGUCUAAACCCUCAGAUAAUGAAGAAGAAGAAAUUGAAAUAAGAGAAAAACAAGAUGCAAUUUUAGCUGGUUGUGGUGCAGCAAACUUUGGUGAACUCUCAAAUCUUGUAGAGCAAAGUGAGCAUGCCUGCAGUCUAGAAGGGUUUGCUGUUGGCUCCAAAUGUAUGGUGUGGACAAGUCUGAAGUGGUGUGAGGCUCAGAUUUUGGAGGUAUCUGAUGAAGGCACUAGGGUUUUGAAUCUGUCCAGUGGCAAUGAGGAAGUAGUGAAUCCUGAGAAUGUUUGGAAUGGUAUUCCUGAUGUGACUAAGAGUCCAUAUGAGACAGCGUUCCAUGUGACGGAUAACUUGCACUCCUUAGCAGCAGAGAACUUGGAGUUGAAAGAAAAAAGGGCUAAUUGUGGCUCAGAUGUAAUGGAUGAUCCGUAUAUGUUGUCCUGCAAUCCUGAAAAUGCCACCGAGUAAGGCUUCUAGUUAACUAGAGCCAUGCUGGAGAAGCAAAGUCUUAUGAACAUGUACUUUCUCAAGACUCUGGUAUUACUGAAUUAUACAUUUGUAGAAGUACUUCGAGCAUGGUUUUCAAGCAGCUGAGCAAGUAAUGUCUAACUUAUAUGCUGUAUUUCUGUAAUAGCUCUUCACACUUGUAAGACUACAAAAUGCCUAUAUGGAAUAUAUAGGAAAAUGUUUUGAUAGUGCUGGCAUCUAACUUCUUAAGCUUGCACUGCCUUCAUUUGAGUGAGAAUUUGAGCCGCCCUUGACUGGUGGAGUUUCAGCUAUUGAAAUAUUUUAGACUGUUGUACAAAUAGUUGUAAUAACUAGAUUGUUAAACUUGUUUUGCAUAUGUAGAUUGCUGAAGCUCUAUAGUUCUAUUGGAACUAUACUUGAUUUAAGUUUUUUGGAUUUGCUUAAAUGAAGGUUACUUGGAUGUAUGCCAGCUACUGUACAUUAUGCAAUACUUCUUUCUGGUAAGCACUGAAAAUAUUUCUCUGUUAGAAUAGAUUUCCUAAAAGAAUGAGGAUAUUUUGCGCCAGUUACUGUGAAUGUUUACCAUAAGAGGAAAACAAUAUUUACUUCAGUUUGCACUUAUAUUACUAUACAAACAGUGAAACAAGCUGGAAUAAAGCUGGUGCAUUGUU